AUGUAUUUCAGCACUGAACUUCGUCAAAUAUUCAUACUUUUUCAACAGUGGAGAGUUACUACAAUAAAAGGCGUUAGCGGCUCCAUAGUAGCAGUUCUAGCGCUGGCUGUGCUGUACGAAUGUGUCAAAGGAUUAAACGUGUAUCUACGAUCACGCAUUAAAAACCAGAGUGGAAGAGCGACUGUGAUGAAAAAUAGGAUUUAUUCUGAGGAUAUCAGGUCAGAAGCCUUCACUCGUAUUUUAAAGACGUGUCUUUUUAUGGCAGAGCUAUCUUUCGCUUAUUUCCUGAUGUUGAUCACUAUGACAUGCAACAUAUGGCUGUUCAUCGCAGUUGUGAUUGGUCGAGGGUCGGGUUUUUAUCUUGUUUCACCGCUGAUCAGCUCAUACGUUGGCAGCGAGGAGACUGAUGACUGCAUUGGCAUAUCGAUUAAUUUACUGUCCACAAGACAUCAGCAAUUGUAACACUUGC